AUGACUACAGCAAUAGCUGAUUUUGAGUGUAUAUUGGGAUCGAAUAACGACUAUCUUAUAAAAGAACUAUCUGUAGUGGAUACUGACACUUAUGCUACACAACACUGGAUAUUUAAACAUGCAACUCCAACAGAUGAAAAUAGCCGAAAUGUUAACGCGUGGUUGAAAAAGCACAGACAUUCAAUUUGUUAUCCUGUUGAUAUGUUUUCUUCAUUUUUAAAUUUAUUUAAUUUCAAGUCUGAUUCAGACAAAGUUAAAUCUACGGGCCCACUUAGUAGGAAAACAUUAAAUCUCAAUAGUCCUGAGGCAAAAGCUCUUAAUAUUUUUAACCAGAAAUUGCCUAUUUCUCGAAGAAAUAAUGGAAAUAAUACUCCAUUUAUACCAAAUUAUAAUAUAGCUGAAGUAACAAGUCCUGGAUUUAGUUAUCGAAUAGCUCAAAGAGCUCGAGAAAUGAGAUCUACAACGCCAACUUCUGAUAUUUCAAAUUUAUCAGUAUCGUAUGCUUCAGAAAACAAUUCUAGUAACAGUAAUUCUUCUCCACAUGAGUUUCAAAAUUUAGGUAGAGAAAAUCCUAAUGAUAAAAAGCGUAAAUUAAGGAAAACAUUAGAAAAUUUUGGUGUAAGAAACAGAACUAGCCAAGAGUUUGAUUUUGAUAAUUUUGUAAAUUGCCCUAAAAAAGCUAUUGAGUCAAUUGACCGAAAUAUUCCAUUGAAUGGUAUAGAUAAAACAAACAGAGAAAUUUCACAUUCACCAUAUAUGACACCAAAGAAUAAUCAUGUUAUUUUUGAUAGAAAACAGUAAGCAUAUAAUAAUUUACUUUUUUAAACAUUGAAAAUAUUUUUUAUAUUAAUAU